AUGGACGUGAGCAGUUGGGCCAGUCAGGGCCAGGGCACGAUGGCUCCCCACAGCCACCCUGACCUCAGCGCUGACCGACGGGGGGGAGGGAACAGCUUUUAUUUUAUCUGUUCUCUCAGUCCUGACAAGCACUUUCUCCUGCUCACAGCCAAGUGGAUGGGUGUGUCAAGGUUCCUCUUAUCUCUGUUUGCCUGGGCAUUAAAUGAUGGUAUCUGCCAUCUGGACAGAUUUGCAUGUUCAGUAUUGACACCUAGUCCCCUCCCCCCUACCCUGGACUGGUCUAUAAAUGCCCCAGGCACGGCCAGUGUCCCAUGCAGGCUGCACUUGUUCCAACCUUGCACCAGAGCAGCUACGCAGACAGACAAUCAGGGGAAGCGAGAAGAUGGGGCCAGUCGCCUACUUCAGCCUCUGCCUCCUCGGCUGCCUGAUCUUUAACCCCUCGCUGGAAGGAAUAGGGGCCACGUCCUGUCCCAGUGACUGGCUGCUCUACAAUGAUCGAUGCUAUGCGUUCUUCCCCGAAAAGGUGUCCUGGUCGGAGGCUGAGGUGCAGUGUCAGUAUCACCGCAAUGGGGCCCAUCUCGCCUCCAUUCUCACUGCGGCAGAAGGGACCGUGGUGGCCAGAUACAUCACCGAGUCAGGCUUCAAGGAUCACGUCUGGAUCGGACUCCACGAUCCCCGGAAGUACAGACGCUGGAGGUGGACUGAUGGCUCCCGGUAUUACAACAAAGCUUGGAAAAACGGGGAACCAAACAAUAAAGAUGGUGUCGAGUACUGUGUAGAGCUGACAAGCUACACAGGUUUUAAGAACUGGAACGAUGCUCCCUGUAACAAGCAAAACGGCUACAUUUGCAAGUAUCGACCCUAGCCAGGGGAGUUGCUCGCUUGCACCUGAAUGGGGAGCUCAACACCUGGGAUGCAAAAGAACUGGGCUCCUUGGGCAUAAUCAGGCCACGUCCCAGACUUUCCGAUGCCUUUGCUGCAUGGAGGGCCAGUCCCCUCCCUCCCUGAGAGACCAGAUCUCACUUCCCCAGCUGCAAACUCUCUUCCCCCAAGUGUCUCUGUUCUAGUUACACACCUGCCCCUUCCCGCCCUUCCCCUCAGUGCCUGCAGCCCACGACAAGAAUAAACUCUCCUGAGCAUUCA